GUGAGAUCCGGCCUAAGAUAUCCUUGAGACUUAUAUCUCGACUCGAACUUCGGACAGAAGCGUCAUCUUUCAUGAUAAUCAACUCCGCUACGACCACCCAAGGACCACCCAACACCCUAUUUCACGGCCUCGCAGUUGACGUCUUUCUCGGAAUUUUGGCCCUCCAAGACCUCAGUCACGCCCCUCAUAUUCUUAGUCGGCGCCCUGGCCGGCUUCAACGCCAGGCAUGGAAUCUCUUUUCAAUGACUUCGCGACAGCAUAUAUGGGCAUGAAAGGAUAUGAUCUUGCCCAGACUCUAUCCCCCAUCCCGCCAGCAGAUAAGCCGGACAGGCUAAAAGCUGUCUGGCUAAGCACGAACCACUACGGAGUCAAGGACGAUGUGACACACGGCUUAGUCCAGGCUUUAACAAGUCGGUCAGGAUACCCACGUGAGGAGGUGAGGGAGGAGGUGAACGGCUGGACUGAGGUCUUUUCCGCAUAUUGGAAGGCAAUCGGCGAGUUGCUGGCUGUGGAUGGCGACAGCAUCGUCAACGGCCGGAGAACAUCUUGGACGAAAGUCUAUGAAGCUUGGAAGGAGAUGACGAUGGCUCUCCACCGGGGCUACACCCAUCAUAAUUUCGAGGCAUGGACGAUCCCGUGUCUUUACACGGCAGGCAAGUACCUGAGGGCGUUCGCCAUCAAAUCCGACGAGGAGAGGGGCCAAAUCGAUGCUGGUGGUGACGGCCUGGAGAUCCGUGACGACUUUGAUCCCGAGAUGGAGAAGCACCAGCAGCUUCGGGACUGCGAGCAACAAUUAAAGCGGAUUUUCACGUUAUGCUUGACCGACAGAGCGGAAAUUACGGAAUCCAGAAAAUGGGGCAUCUACGCCAUCGUCAACCUCCUAUUCAAGACUUACUUCAAGCUCAAUUCGGCCAACCUGGCACGGACGAUCCUGAAGGCUCUGUCUACGAACAAGGGAAACAUGCCGCCUCUUGAGGCGUUUCCCGCAGCCCAGCGAGUCACCUUCAAGUAUUAUGAGGGCGUGCUCUCCUUCCUCGAAGAGAACUACGUCGAGGCGGAGAAACACCUAGACGAAGCAUGGAGAGGAUGCAAAAAGGACGCCAUGCCGAACAAAGAGAGGAUCCUGGCAUACCUCAUCCCCUGCCGCCUUCUGACAACCCACACCCUACCCAGCAAAGCCUUACUGGAGCCUUUCCCUCGCCUCCAGAAAUCGUUCCUCCCUCUAGCCCAGUGCAUCCGGCGUGGCGACCUCCACGGCUUCGACCUCGCCUUACAACAGGGUGAAGAGGAGUUCGUCAAGCGGAGGAUCUACCUCACCCUCGAACGCGGCCGCGACAUUGCGCUUCGGAACCUUCUGCGGAAAGUUUUCUUGGCCAAGGGAUUCGAGGAGCCGAAAAAUCCCGGCGAUGCUCCGCUACGAAAGACCCGCAUUCGCGUCGCCGAGUUCGGGGCUGCAAUUAGCUUCGCCAACCGGGAAACCACGGAUUCGGACGAGGUUGAGUGUUUGCUGGCCAACAUGAUUUACAAGAACCUCAUGAAAGGCUACAUCUCUCGCGAACACGGCAUAGUCGUUCUCUCUAAAAACGGAGCCUUCCCCGGGACAGGGGUCUGAUGAAGGAGUAGCACAAGCUUGAUACGACUACAUGGUUGACGACUGGCGUUGCUGGAACACGGAAUAUGGUGAUAAAGCGGUGGUACUUUUUCAACGUGAUACCUACCUUACAUUGCGUCUUAUUGGGCACUGUAAUAAGAAGACCAGGAUAGCACAGCAUAGCCGGAAAACGUUUCACAAAAUUAUGUAGCACAGCACGACAUGACAUCCCACAAGGUCAGGUCAAAACGACUGCAUAAAUAACUUGAAUGAUUUUCAUUGCCCC